GUAUCGCCCGGUGUUUUUUCCCCCUAUAAAAACGGCCUUUUAAAGCUUAACAAGAAACAAAAUCAAUUCAAAUCGAAACCUCCAACUUCAGCACUGCUCAAGCAAGCGUACAAAGAGAAGAAGACAACAAUGAACUCAGAUUUCGGCAUUACUAGAGAACUCUCUGACCUUCAAAAACUACGAUCUCUCUACCAGCCGGAGCUUCCUCCAUGCCUCCAGGGAACUACUGUCAGAGUGGAGUUUGGUGAUUCAGCAACUGCAGCUGACCCUGCUGGUACCCACACCAUAAGCCGAACCUUUCCACAUACUUAUGGUCAGCCUUUGGCUCACUUUCUCCGGAAAACUACAAAAGUGCCUGAUGCUCAUGUCAUAACUGAACAUCUAGCUAUUAGGGUGGGCAUUGUCUUCUGUGGAAGACAGUCACCUGGUGGACACAAUGUCAUUUGGGGUCUUUACAAUGCAAUUAAACUACACAACCCAAAAAGUACUUUGCUUGGGUUUUUGGGUGGUUCUGAGGGCUUGUUUGCAAAGAAGACUCUUGAGAUCACAGAUGACAUCCUUUCAACCUACAAAAAUCAAGGUGGUUAUGAUUUGCUGGGAAGAACAAAGGAUCAAAUCAGGUCAACAGAGCAAGUUAAUGCUGCAUUAACUGCAUGCAAAGAUCUAAAACUGGAUGGCCUUGUCAUUAUUGGAGGGGUAACAUCAAACACAGAUGCUGCUUAUCUUGCUGAAACAUUUGCUGAAGCGAAAUGCCCAACAAAGGUGGUUGGUGUUCCCGUUACUUUGAAUGGAGACCUCAAGAAUCAAUUUGUAGAAACCAAUGUUGGUUUUGAUACAAUAUGCAAGGUAGUCAAUUCACAGCUGAUCAGCAAUGUGUGCACUGAUGCUCUCUCUGCUGAGAAGUAUUAUUAUUUUAUCCGUCUCAUGGGUCGAAAGGCAUCACAUGUUGCUUUGGAAUGCACCCUCCAGUCUCAUCCAAAUAUGGUAAUUCUAGGUGAAGAGGUUGCGGCUUCAAAGCUUACUCUUUUUGACCUGACAAAACAAAUUUGUGAUUCUGUUCAAGCUAGAGCUGAACAAGCAGACAAGAAUCAUGGGGUCAUCCUGCUGCCAGAAGGUCUUAUAGAAAGUAUUCCUGAAGUGUAUGCUCUUUUGAAGGAAAUUCAUAGUCUUCUCAGGCAAGGUGUCUCUGCUGAUAACAUUUCUUCCCAACUUUCACCCUGGGCAUCAGCUCUAUUUGAAUUUUUGCCAGUCUUUAUUAAGAAACAGCUUCUCCUUCAUCCUGAAUCAGAUGAUUCUGCACAAUUAUCCCAGAUUGAGACAGAGAAACUUCUAGCGCAUCUUGUGGAAACUGAAAUGAACAAGCGACUGAAAGAGGGAACAUACAAGGGUAAAAAAUUCAAUGCUAUCUGCCACUUCUUUGGUUAUCAGGCUCGGGGAUCCUUGCCGUCAAAGUUUGACUGUGACUAUGCCUUUGUUCUUGGACACAUUGCCUAUCAUAUUCUUGCGGCUAGUUUGAAUGGUUACAUGGCAACCGUGACAAAUCUGAAGAAUCCUCUGAAUAAGUGGCGUUGUGGUGCAGCUCCAAUUACAUCCAUGAUGACUGUGAAACGUUGGUCUCAAAAUCCGGGUGCCUCUUCCCUUGGACGACCUGCUAUUCAUCCAGCAACUGUGGAUAUGAAAGGGAAAGCAUACGAUUUGCUGAGACAAAAUGCAACAAGAUUCUUGCUGGAUGAUCUCUAUAGAAAUCCUGGACCCCUACAAUUUGAAGGUCCUGGUGCCGAUGCCAAAGCUGUAACUCUCUGUGUUGAAGACCAGGAUUACAUGGGCCGUAUCAAGGAAUUGCAAGUAUAUCUUGACAAGGUGCGAACCAUUGUGAAACCUGGCUGUUCACAAGAGGUACUGAAAGCAGCUUUGAGUGUAAUGGCUUCAGUGACAGAAGUUCUCUCGGUGAUGUCAUCCUCAUCUGGAGGCCAGACAUCUCUCUAGGAAGACUCAAUCGAUCAUCUCUUGCUGCUGUCAAUGGUAUUGGUAGUCCAGAAUUCUUCGGCACCUGGUCUUCAUCUUUCGUAAUUUAUAGAACGAAUUGCAGGUGCAGAACUUUUCGUAAUAAACUGAGUUCUUUUCUUUCACUACAACAAUUUUUUGUGUUAGAUAAUAACAAGAGGCAUGUCUUGCGAGUUUCCGUAAGGUGAAAUCUUUGAACUUGAGUGCUUAUGCAACGCUUUGAAUGGAAUCAAACGAGAAUGGCUAUUUGCCAGAUA